AACCUGCGUUUCAAAACCUUCCUUUAGUCACACAAGUACCUAAGUGUGUGCAGACAAGCUGUACCCUGUACAAAAGUUUACUAUUGUGGAAUUUUUCGUUUAAUUUAACACAUUUGUCCUGAAAUAUUUACAGUGGUUUGACCAAAAAUGGUGAAUGUAACAAAAGGGAUUCUGGUCAAAUGUGACCCUGCAAUGAAAGAAUUCCUGGUCUACCUGGACGAGACGCUGGCCAUUGGGAAGAAAUACAUAAUCCAAGAUCUUGAUGAAACCCAUUUGUUCAUAUCUGCCGAUGUGUUGGAAACGCUCAACUCGAGGAUCGAUGAACUGAUGGACAAAAUUAGUUUUCCUAUCACAGAUAAAUAAGCCCCCCCCUUUCUUGGUUUGUAUUUGUACGUGGAGUUUGUUUAUAUCGAAAUUUGUAAAUAAAAAUCUAGUCUUAAGCAAA